AUGGUGAAAGCAAGCUUGAGACUUUCAAGUAAGAAUCUACCAGAUCCAAGCAAUACUACAAGUGUAUUUAUAACUGUUCUUGAUGUCAAUGAUAAUGUGCCUGUGUUUAUUGGGGAGCCAUACAGCGCUACUGCAACAGAUACAACACCAAUUGGCACAGUUUUAGUCACUGUAUCAGCCACAGAUCGUGAUGCUUCUGCUGUUUUGUCAUAUCACAUUUUUAGUGAGGGUUUUGAGCGUACAUUAUUUACAAUAGACAGUGUGACAGGUGCAAUUUCCAUGGCAACAAAUCCUAUGACUAUUCAAUCUAACACAUUUUAUCUUACUGCAAGUGUUACUGAUGGGUUGCAUUUCAAGUCAACUACAGUUGAAAUUGAUUUCUCAGCGUAUUGCUAUAGCUUGAGCUUCCUAACUCAAAAUCUUGAUGGUACUUGUGAUGAACCUAAAUCUAUAAGGAAUUUAGUUGUACCUGCUGUUGGUGUUGGUGAAUUACAAAUGUCAACAGGAGUAUGGCCAUUCAGCAUUAAUGGUUUUGUUGCUGUGAAUGAGCUGCAGUGGUCAGAUCUUGGAAAUCAACUAACUAAUCUGGAUAUCGAGUCAGUAGAAUUAAGAGAUGCUCAUCGCAACAUCUCUCUUCUUAGCUCAAAUGUGACUUUUAUUGAUGGCAACUUGAUGCGAAUUCAGUUCAACUAUCCUGUCAUUGUCAGUGGUUUUAUGCUGAACGUCGUUGUUAUGGCUAAAUCUAAUGGCACCAUCUUUGUACUCAAACCUUCAUUAUCUUUGCAAACUACAGCAAAUUUGAUGACUCUGGUGGUAACUGCACCUCAGAAUACAUGUGGCGUUGAGUGUCUGUUGAUGUACACGAACUUGCAAGCUACAUACCGGGAGGCCAUGAAGGGAGGAGACAGCUGCAGAUCUCCUUUCAGUUCUAUUUCAUAUAUACAGAACAUUUCUCUAAAUGCUGUGGAUAAGUGUGAAGAUGUGGUGAGAAGCUUAUAUAUAGAUGUACGAAGCAUUUCCAAUCAAACAAGUCUUCGCUCUAUUACAGGCCUUACCGUUUCUGAGCACGUCCAUGUUGGAUUUGAAAUACAGUCAUUUGAAGUAACAAAUCCUGCUGGGCUGGCAAUUUCUGUUGAAUUGAAUUAUUCAACUGUUCCUUUUCUUAUGAAGUUAAAUGGAAGUAUUGCUGCUUUAUUUGUUAAAGAACCAUUAGAUUUUGAGUUAACAACUGGGUACCAAUUUAAUGCAACCUUUACAGCAAACAAGAUGGAUGGCAGUAAACGACAAUUGGUGAUUCCAGUUACUGUUAGCAUUAUUGACUACAAUGACAAUCCACCAGUUUUCUCAUCAUUGAUUUAUCAUGCUACCGUUUCUGAUCUUGCAGCAUUUGGAACGUCUGUGCUGCAAGUUCAAGUAACUGACAAGGACACAGGACCAUUUGGGCAGCCAUACGUAGAUUCUCAGGUUCAACCGUUUGCCAUUAACUUUUCUGAUGUCAUCGUCAAUGCAUCUCUCCGAAAUCUGAGAACACAAACAAUUUCAUUUAUUGUGUAUGUAUCUGACUUUAAGCAGACAGCUAAUGCCACAAUUGAGAUCUACAUACGGGAUGAUAGUACGUGUUCCCUCGUUGAAACUACGUUUCGUUUUUAUGUUGAAAACUGCACCAGGUCAAUCAAAUCAGGAAACUUACAUUUGCCAAGAAUGGGACAUAGUUUGCUUGAAUGGCCCUUUGUUGUAGCCAGCAACUCAAAGUACACAAGAAUAGAAUGGUUUACAAAUGGCACAACUCCCUUAGAUCGUGUGUCGAGUGUCAUAUCACUCAAUUUGUCUACUGCUGAUGGCAUUGGUCUUAAGAGUGGUAUGGUAGUGGGACAAGUCAAAAUUGUUUUGUUGUAUCAGUUGGUUUCUGUUCCUUUGAAUUUGAGAUUUGAGAGACAAAACAUUCUUAUUGCUAGAAUUAUUGUGACAAAGGAGAACACAACAGACACAGGGGUUGUGAUGCCACAGACAACUGGAAACAGCACAGCUAACAUCAUCUUUCUUUAUGGAGUUGAAGCAGUGGCAGAUUUACUGUGUGCUGAUGCAUAUGUUCUGUACAGAAUGUCAGAUGAUAAAGCCAAAGGGCGGGCCAUUUCCUGUACCACACAUGAGCCUGACUCAGACAUUGCAGCUUACGCGGUCAACAUUUUGGAAUCUCGAUAUGCACCUCAGCUUUAUAUUACACCAUCGGACUACAUUGUUGACGGUACUAAAGCUAACAUUGAUCUCAGCAAAAGUGUUGGUUGUGCUGCACGCUCCAACUACUCUGGAUUUUUGGAGAUGAAUGUUGUGUGGUACAGGAACGAUGGUGGACACUGGAACAGAGUAAACUCUACAUUCAGCUUGUUUACAGCUGCUGACAACGGGCAGUACAUGUGCCAAGUUCGGAGUUACUUUGGGUCUGUCAAUAGUACAUCAGUACAAGUUGAGGUGUAUGAUAUUCCUCGGUUUAAUAAAAGACAGUACACAGCUUCUGUGUAUGAGAACGCUAGUGUUGGUUCAGAAAUUCUCAAAGUGGAUGCGUACUCUGCAAACUACCUAGUCGUAAACUAUGAGAUUGAAUUUGCAGAAAGGAAUGUUGACCAUCCUUUUACACUGAAUCGUACAACUGGUGUUUUGUUGGUAUCAAAACCAAUUGAUCCUGGACAAUUUACAUCGGAUCAAUUUCUUGAGGUAUAUCAAUUGACUGUCAUUGCUACUCUUGAUGGCUACAACACAAACAGAACCUGCCUUGGUCACAAUCAAGGGAUUGACUGUACCACCAUUACUGUUAAUGUAGUUGACAUUAAUGAGUUUUCACCAAUGUUUUCAAGUCAAUUAUACUUUGCCAACGUGUCAAGCUUGGCUAUACCCAAUAACCCAUUGUUUAAUAAGAUCACCUUUGACGAUUACUCUUUGCAGCUGACAGCAACAGAUAAAGACAAAAAAUCUAUUGUGAGUUUGCAUUUACUCGACUACACGUGUUAUUUCUUCAUCAACGAAACAUCUGGGGCCAUUACAGUUAUUUCGCCACUCACUUCAUUGGUAGGGCAAUUUCUAAACUUGACAGUUAAAGCAGUUGAUCAGGAUGGAAAGGACGGCAACACUGUGGUUUCUGUGUACAUUUUUGAUGAAUGCUCAGCGAUACAGAAACGUGUUAGAUCUAUUCUAGACGGUUUUUAUUGUAGCUUUUAUUCUCAAUUUUCUUCUGGAAUGGCAUACAAUGCAGAAUUAGUGGUGAAUGCAACUCAGUGGAUAUUUAAUGUUCCACCGAGGGUCUAUUAUGAUACUCUGAAGAUUUCUUUGUUCAUGACUAAUAUUAUUUUGCAUCAUGGCAAUAGAACAGGAUGGAUUGAUGUGUACUUUUUACAAUCUCAAGACAGACAGAGUUAUGCGGGUCAACAUUUGCUUCAGCUGGCACAACUGACAGAUGACUUUGUGUAUUGGAACAUCAUCAGCCCAUUAUUUGUGCCCUUAGGUGGAGCAGCCAUCUUACUUAACAUAACUAUUUCUGUUGAUGGACUGACAACGUUAGUCCAACCUCGCACAUCUGAUGAUUUUUCAGAGGAGAAACCAGAUCCAAUGUAUUUGGUAGGAAAUAGAGUGCCGACAGGCUGUGGACUGUCUAGACAAUGUAAAGACAGUCUGAUCUUGUUUAAACAACAGGAAAGACUAGCUGCUGCUUUUGGUCAAAGAUGUGUCUACAAUCCACUGUUGUUUAAGACUCAUCUUGUUGAUGAGGUAUAUCGACUUGCUGAAGAUUGCGUCAACGUUGAGAAUAUCACUAUUGAGCGAGAUCAUGUUUUUUCACAACCAUCUGUGUCUGCCAGUGAUGUCUUACCAUUACCAUUACCAGAAACUUUAGUGACACUUACAUGCAAUGUUCAAACGACAAAUUCAGACGAGACCACUAUUGUGUGGCUGUUUGAGGGACUGCAAGACAUUGUGGGGACUUGGGAAAAUGAAGGAUUUGUUAAACGAAUUUCUGAUUCGAAGUUGCAAUUGUCUGAAGUUUCAGCUGCAAGACAAGGUCGUUACAGUUGCUGUGUUUUAUGUGGAUCAUCAAGUACAAUUAUUAAAACAUGUUCUCCCAAUCUGUUGGUUAGUGUCAAAGAUGUGAAAACAUUUCUUGUCUCUCUGACCAUUAAUCAGGUCUAUAGCUCUCAGUUGGACAAUAUCAGCAGUCCAUAUGCAACAUCUCUAAGAAACAAUCUAUUUAAUUUGAUUCAAAGAAGUAUCAGUUUUGGACGGUUUGAUUUCUCUAGGCUGAAGGCAUUUAGGAAUGGCAGUGUGGUGGCUGAAGUUUUAUUAGACUUAUUUAAGACUACAUUGUCAGAAGGUCAGAUUAAGUCUCAAAUUAAGUCAGAAAGUGCAGCAUCAGCUCUACUUGACAUUCUGCUAGUUGCUGUGAAGCGAUUUGAUAAAUGCCCUGCAGAAAAUGUUACUGACUCGAAGGGCCCAUUCAACUGGCCAGAGACUAGGAUUGGCGAGUCUGCAACUCAUCGCUGUCGAUAUGGAAGCGUUGGAAAUUCAUCAAACACUGGCUUUGCAAAUAGGCAUUGUGAUGGAUCUUAUAUAGAUGGUUCUUACUGGAACAUUGCUGACACCACAAACUGUGAGUAUGAGUCUGUUGCUACUCGACGAUUACGAGAUCUGUCAGAGAUUUCCAAGGAUGAAGAAAAUGUUACAGAAGUCAUCAAGGAAACUCAAUUAUUGACGUCUAACACUACAUUGACAGAUGAAGAUAUAGGUUUUGUAGCAGACAUAGUCGGGAAUGUAGUUGCUAAAAAGAUGGCCGUUACUCCAGUGGUUUUUGAUUCAGUAGUGCAAACAAUCAGUAAUACAUUGGUUACUUCAGCUGAAGUAGUCAAGUCAAGUCAAUUGAAAACCAAUGCCAGUUCAAAAAUUUUGCGGUCAAUUGAGGAUGCUGCCUUGGGUGUCGAUUUGGACAAUGACACUGUUGGCCUCACAGUAACAUCACCCAACGUUGCAGUUUCAGUGUCCCAAACAACGGAUGAAUUUCAAGGACACACAUUUGCUUCUUUACAACUUGACGACGAUGACACUGUGGAUUUAAACAUGGAGCUGCAGUCUUCACAAAUUGUGUCGAUUUCAAGAAGUGAUGCACUGAGUGCAGAUAAAAGUGUAGAAGCAUCUAUUAGUAUACCAAAAUCAGCUUUUCCUGCUGGCCUUGAGAGUCGUUUGCAGUUCUUUUUAUUUCAGAACGCUAAGCUCUUUCAGCCUGUAGAUGUCUCUCAACGAGGACAAUCUGAUGACAAACAGCUGGACAGUAGAAUAAUUGCGGCUAGACUGGGAGGCUAUGACACUUUCCCACUGUUAAUGUCGUCUUCUCUGAGAUUUCUUCAUUUCAACAAAACAUACUCAAAUACAACGUGUGUAUUUUGGGACUUUGCAGCUGGAGGUGGGUAUGGUGGCUGGAGUAGGGAGGGCUGCAAGUUGGUUUCAGAUAUAAAUGGACUUUCAUCUUGUGAAUGUGACCAUCUGACAAAUUUUGGUGUGCUUGUGGAUCCAUACCAAGGCCGAGGGAUAUCAGAGGAGCACCAGACAGCUCUCUCUGUUAUUUCGUAUAUAGGCUGUUCAUUGUCUUUGGUUGGCCUUGUGCUUACUGUUGCAGCCUAUGGUCUUUCCAAACGAUUUAGAAAUGAGCGUCCUGGUAAAAUUCUCAUAAACUUAUGCAUUUCCAUGGCUAUUGGAUUGUUGUUCUUCAUUGCUUAUGCUGAGAAUCGUGGGAAUGCUGCUAUGUGUACAGCGUCUGCUGUGCUAUUGCAUUACUUUUGGCUGACAACUAUCUGCUGGAUGAUGGUAGAAGGAGUGAACAUGUACAUCAGUCUGGUCAGGGUGCUUGGCAUGUACAUACAUCGGUUUAUGCUAAAAGCAUCUGUGUUUGCAUGGGGUGUUCCGCUAGUAGUAGUUGCAGUGACAAUGGGAGCUGAUUUUGAUGCCUAUGAGAAGGAUGAAUCUGAUACAAUAUGUCUGUUGAGCACUCCAGCAUUUUACUAUGCAUUUUACAGUGUGAUUGGGGUACUGUUGGCUGGAAAUUUUGUUGUGUUUGGCUUGGUGCUUCGACAACUUAAUCGGCGUACUUCGGGAGUUUCAGCAGCAAAAAAUCAAAGUAAAACUGGGAAGCAACAGAAGGCAGCUGCUGUAUCCAUAACUACCUUGCCCCGUCAGCUGAAAGCUGCUGCCUCCAUAACUAUCUUGCUCGGUCUAACAUGGAUCUUUGCUGUCAUGGGAACAGAAACAGGAACUGGGAACACUGUCCGGCUGGUCUUUCAGUACUUAUUUGCUGUGACUGUUUCUACUCAAGGAUUUCUUAUUUUUAUUGUCUACUGUGUACGUCGAGAAGAGGUUCGAAAUGAAUGGCUCAAAGUCAUUAAGUAUCAACCUAAGUCUGCUGAUCACAAUCAACCUAUGUUGAAAAUGACUGACUCUGGUUCUGACUUCCCCACCACUAAAACUGACGUUUCAAAGAAGAGUUACGCUACUCCUCCAUCAACAGAAUUGAUCUGUGUGGAGGAGUUUUUUCUCACAACUGAAAAUCAACCUAGUGAUGAUGGAAUCAACGCGCGGUUUGAUGUGUUGUGAGUAAACUGCUAUUGCUAUAGCAUGUUAUUAUGUUAAGAGUGCACGCGCUGUAGUCAUGUCUACUCUAGUAAUAUUGGCUUGAAGUAGUACUGUCCUUUACCAUGCAGAUGCUAACUGUUGCAAGGUGUUUAGCGGACUUUACAUUAUUACAUUAGAGUUUUUGUUUCUAGUUUUUUACUAGUUCAGAGCUAUGAGCGUAUGUACGUGUAGUUGUGUGUGUGUGUGCGUGUGUGUGUGUGUGUGCGUGCGUGCAUGCGUGCGUGCGUGUUAUGGUUAGAAUUGGGACUAUAGUGACAAUUAAUUAACAGAUAGAGCUAGG